AUGGCCAGGAAAGGAAGCACUGACCAUUUGCGCUUCGGCGUGCCCGAUACUGCACCGGUGAAGCCGACCGACCUCUCGGCACGGGAGAUUUCCAUCACCCUUUCCAUGAUCUACGCGGUCAGCUUUUUUGAAGGAGCUGACAUGCAGCUUUUGCCUGCAUCUUUCCGAGCACUGGAGGGAGACCUGGGUUUGUCUCCAACGACCUUGGCUGCAUCCUCCUUGAUGCAAACGCUUACCUGCGCGACAUUCUCGGUUUUUUGGGGCGUACUUUUGGACAACGGCAUCCUGUCUCCUCAGCAAGUGCUUUUUAGUGGCUGCAGCGGAUGGGGCGUGCUCACCCUUCUUUUGGCCUCAAUCACUGACACUAGCUGGAUCUUGGUGCUCCGUUUGUUCAACGGGAUUGCCCUAGCUACGCUUUCGCCCACGACGCAGACCCUGAUAGCAGACCUGACACCUCCACAGGAGCGAGGACGGGCCUACAGUUGGUCUGGCUUUUCUAUGGCCAUGGGCUGCAUGAGCACUGCCAUGAUCACCACCACCAUCUCGCAGAGGAGGAUUUUUGGCCUGUAUGGUUGGCGAGUAGCGUUCGGCAUAGCGGCUGGACUGAAUGGUCCAGAUUCUGAGCGUGACAUCUUGGGAGUGGGAAUUCUUAGCAUUUUCUUGGGCUAUGCCGUGAAGAAGUUGGUCAGGCUACCAACCGAUUCGCACAUUGCCGAUGAGACGAUGUAUGGCUCCAUCAGCUUCUCCAAAGAGUUGCGCACGGUGAUGUCUUUCUUCGAGGUGUGGACGUUCUCGGUCAUCGUCCUGCAGGGUUGCUUCGCGUGCAUCCCAUGGACGGCCAUGAGCUUCGCCACGAUGUUCUUGCAAUACUCAGGAGUACCUGACUUGACGGCAGGAUGCAUUUCUGGACUGAUGCUCUUGUGCGGCUCCUUUGGGGCUUUGCUUGGCGGCUACAUUGGUGAUGGACUCACAAAGCACCCGUUGAGUCGUUUUCAAGGCCGGCCCUUCACAGCUCAGUUGUCAGUUUGCAUUUCGAUCCCUGUGGCCCUGUUGUAUUACCACUUCGUUCCUCACAGCCCGGAGGGCAUUCCAUAUUGGACCGGACUUGUGGUGGUCUUUGGCCUUUGUGCCACCUGGUGUGAUUACGGCGUCAAUCGGCCCAUGCUCUCUGAAGUCGUCGCGCCCCAACAUCGAGCGAGGAUCCUAGGAGUUCUGUGUGCAGCGGCAGGGACGGCUGCUGCCUUUGGUGGGCCUUUGGUGGCUCUUGUUUCUGAGGCAUUCUUUGGGUACAAGACGCAGCGGAUACCCAUCAGUCAGGUUCCGGAGGACAUCAGAAAGAUUAACGCUGAUGCUUUGGGCAAUGGUCUGACUUUAGUGUGUUGCAUACCAUGGACGAUUUGUUUGAUCUUCUACACGGCUUUGCAUUGGACCUAUGAAGCAGAUCAUGCUCAGCCUGCGCCUCCCCUGAACUUUGGGUAUGGCCAAGCAGCGCAGCCGCCCUAUGGACAGCCAAGCCAAGCCAUGGGACAAGCUUAUGUCCCACCGCCAGCAUAUGGCCAGCAGGCCUUUAGCCAACAGGCCUUUGGCCAACAGGGCUAUGGCCAACAGCAGGCCUUUGGCCAAGCCUAUGGCCAGCAGGCCUAUGGGCAACAGGCCUAUGGCCAACCGGCCUAUGGACAACAGGGCCAUCACCAAGGCUAUCAGGCCUUUGGCCAGCCUCCCUUUGGGCAAAUGCCGCAGGCUUAUCAGCAGCCAUAUGGUCAAGCUUUUCCUCAGUCUGAUGUUCAGCAGAGUGCCACACAGCAACUGGAAGCAUUGAGACAAUCCCUGGGUGGUAUGCCAGGAGGUCUUGGAGGUCGAGCUGCUAGUCCAGCUAGUCCAGCUCCACCUGCUGAUGGCUGUACCUCCAACCCGCUCUUUGCGAAGCUGCACAGCACCCUGCAGAAGUUGGCUUUGCUUGAGCAAGAUCCCGUAGAGGCGUCGUUCCAAAUCCACGAAGCUUGGGAAGAGAACCCUGCCAUCUUUGACGAAUGCCCUGCUGGAGUGGUGACGGCUUUGGUCUACCUGAGCAUAGCCCAGGAUCGGGACUGGAAGUAUCGUCUCCUCCACCGAGCAACAUACAUGCUUUACUCCACGCCUGGGCUGCAGAUGAGAAUGGCAUCAGGCCGUUGGCCGAUGUCUGACAGGCUCAUUCGAACCAUGUGCCAUAAUUCUGAGGUCAUGAACAAGCUGCCAUUGAAACUGGCAGAAGUUGAGGUGCAUGGAAGCACUGCGGCCUCGCAACAGCUGGGGGUCAUCAAUAGCGAUGAGGCCAUGGAGCUGUCGAUGAGGCACAAAGACACAGUCGCUGUGCACUUCAAAACUGUGCUCUUCUACCACUUCUACCACCAGGAGCGUUCACCCUGUGCAUGCAGAACGCGCUCUUGGUGUCUCCCGUUCUGGACCAGGUUCUUGACCAACAGUAGUGUAGAUGUGUGGCUCGCUGCACGUGAUGAACAGAAGACGCUGUUUCGGAUGGACCGAAGUGGCUGUCUUCGCAACACAGGUCACAGUUUGUCAUCCAACUUCUUUGCCGAGCCCAUUGAUUUAAUGUUUGUCUUUGAGAUCAACGCCUUCAUGCAUCCCAUUGCGCGUGUGAUGCCCGCUAAGCGGGUGCUGCUGUAUCCCACGUACGACCUCUCAGAUGACCAGAUCUCCAACUUUGAGGAUUUGGGUGUAUCGGUGCUCCCGGAUGAUGCGAUCCUGAAGCCUCCGAACCCGGCCUUCCGAAAGAUUCUGGAGGAGGCUGUUGCAAUGCGGCAAGCUCGGCUACAAAGGCCCAAGGACAGACUGCUGCUUCUACCGGCGGACAUUCGGCCCAUCAAGGGCCAAUUGGACUUCUUGGCCGGUUUAGUCUUUGAAGGGGCACGACGUCCUUCUGCUGUGCAAAGAUUGCGCGGCCUUACCCUGGUGGUGGCUGGUGGCUGCGAUGGCAACCAGACCUACUGUGCCGAGGUCGUGGCCAUGACACAGAAGAUCAAUGCGGAAAAGCUGCUGAACGUCGUCGUAGCGGAUCAGCUCAAGGACGAGGAGUUGGCACAGCUCUUCACAGCAUCUUUGGGAGUGGUGCUACACCCUGUCAUCGACUGCAAUCCUCGGGUCGUCUACGAGGGACUCCUGACUGACACCCCUUUCUUUGCCACAGAGAGUGCACGGCUGCCAGCAGCUGUGCAACACCUAGGACAUGUGACUGAUGGAGAUCCCGGCAUGGUGGCGGAACGGUUAGCCGACUUCGUGGAUCUCAGUGAGGCUGGCGGCUUCACCGGCCGCGCGCGAGACUUUGCCCAGAAGCACCUCAACGAGGUCGCGGUUCCUUUCAAGGUGGACAAUUACCGGAAGGUGCUGGAGUGGAUGGACAAUAAGUACAUCAGUGGAAAGGUGUCUGAGCCCACCAUCAGGGGUGAGGAGGCGCUCGAUGGCCUUGGGGGUCUUGGUGGCAACUUGGCCAGCAUCCUUUCAGGUGCUGGUGGCGGCCUUGGUGGUAUUGGUGGCCUUGCUGGUCUUGGUGGUCUUGGAGGUGGCGUUGCCAGCCCACCACCACAGCGCGCAGCAGGAGGAGGCAACAUGGGUUUCAACAUCCGGGAGCCGGUGCGACGAUGAAGUGAUGGUGAUGACACGGUACUGUGCCCUUUGCGCCGUUCGCGUUGGGACUGACCAACUGGUUUUGAACUUCACGUUGAAAGGGCUCUUGGAACAACACAAGCUACUUUCACAGCCCACAAC